CAGGACUCAUCGAAAUGACCUUGAAAACAUUCCGAUUUUCCUGGCGGCAGCCUACAUCUACGGAAUGCACUGCAACCCCUCGGUCAGCACUUUCGCGUGGCACAUGCGCAUAUUCACAGUAUGUCGAAUAGCCCACACAAUCAUCACAGUGUCUGCUGUGAGACAGCCAUACAGGUCCAUACUAUGGACAGUGGCCUGGACUGUGUGCCUCUCCGUGUGUGCCCAGAUUAUCCAGUUUUCAUACGAUAGUAUGGGCCAGCUUUGAAGCGCGAGAACUGCUAUCUACUCGCCGAUAAAUUUCUGAAUCUUGUUAAUUAUUACCCCCUUGUUUUUUUUCAAAAAGGGGAUGGGGGUAAUUCGUUACAAAUUACAAAAUUCGUAUAUGCUUGACCGUUGAAAUCUUUUAUAAUACGGUGGUAAUUCCUUGCCGCCCGUACCAAGGGCGGAUUUAAUGGGGGGGGGGGGGUGUGGUAGGGCUGACGCCCUCUUUUCAGGGAUUCGACCUCCUCGCCAACCAAAGGGUACCCCACUGGUAUUAUUUUAUGAAAUCUAUUUUUUUAUCCACUUUUUUGCAUUUUGUUUUUAUAAAGAUUCUAUACAGAUUAUAAGAUUAUAUUCAGUUUUACUCUAUCAAACAAUCGAGUAAACUGAAAAUAAAUCAUAACGUAUAUGGUAUGCAAUUGACUUUGUGUGUUGAUGUUUGACUUAGAAACAAAUUAUGAACAUAGCUAAUGAUUAAAUUUUCAACAACAAUAAAGAAUUGU